GGAAAUUGCCGAACACCCUCGAGUCAGCUCGGCGGGAGCGCUGCCGGAAAUCGCCGAACGCCUUCGGGCCGCGACUCGGCGCGUGACACACGAGCAUUUCCGAACCGCCUUUCGCGAGCGCGACGUAACUCGACGGGCGCACGGCCGGAGAUUACCGAACGUUGCCGAACCGCCCUUUCGGGAGAGCAAAGCGAUUGUAAAGCUGAGAUUGGCAGUCAAACGUAAUCGCAAGGAAUAUCGGAGAGCUCCUCCGGAAAUUGCCGAACGCCUUCGUCUUGAACCAGCCGGAGUGUUUACGGAGAUUGCCGAACGUCUUUCGGGUGUAGCUCGGCGAACUCCUCCGGAAAUUUCCGAACGCCUUCGUGUUAAACCCGCCGAGCGUUGGCGGAGAUUGCCGAACGCUCUUCGGGUGCAGCUCGGCCAGCUCUUACGGAAAUUACCGAACGCCUUCGUGUGAAACCCGCCGAGCGUUGACGGAGAUUGCCGAACGCCUUUCGGGCGCAGCUCGGCCAUCUCCUCCGGAAAUUGCCGAACGCCUUCGUGAUAAUUUCGGCGAGUGUCGGCGGAGAUUGUCGAAGCGGCUCGUGUUGACGGAACUUGCCGACGAGGAGCGGCCACGAGCUGAGGGCUGCUGCUGCUGCGCUGCUGGGAGACCGACCGAGGAGGAAGGUGGUGCACGAUGGGCGACUACUAUCAGGUGCUGGGCAUCCAGCCCACAUCCUCGCAGGAGGACAUCAAGAAAGCGUACCGCAGGCUGGCGCUCAAAUGGCACCCGGACAAAAACCCCGAGAACAAGGAGAUGGCUGAGCGCAAGUUCAAGGAGAUCGCGGAGGCGUACGACGUGCUCUCUGACAAAUCCAAGCGAGAAGCGUUCGACAGGGGUGGAAAAGAGGGCGUGAAGAACUCGACGGGCCGGGCUGGCGGAGGAGCGGGAGGCCGGGCACGUCCGGGUCGCGGAGGUCGCGACUUCGCCGACUUUGGCGAUUUUGGCGACUUCGGAGAGUUCACCUUCACGAGGGCAGAGGAGAUCUUCCGCGAGUUCUUCGGGGGACGCGACCCGUUUGCGGACUUCUUUGGCGAGCCCUCGUGCUUCCCCCGGGGCCACCUCCUGCCCAAAGAUGACGCGUUCGCCCUCGGGGGCCACAGGGCCGGGCGGCGCAGAGUGGAGCGGCACCGGCGGCCGGAGAGAGACCUCUUCUUCUCUCCAUUCAUGGGCUUCCCCUUCAACCCUGGCUUUGCCUCCUUCUCUUCGUUUGAUGACGCGUUUGCCGACGUCGGGUUCCCCGCAUUCUCCACGGCCACGUUCGGGGACGUGGGGGCUGGCAUGGGCUCACACUUCCGCUCCGUCUCCACGACGACCAAGAUGGUCAACGGCAAGAAGAUCUCUACCAAGCGGAUCGUGGAGAACGGGCAGGAGCGCGUGGAGGUGGAGGAGAACGGGCGGCUCAAGUCCGUGCAGAUCGACGGCAAAGAGCAGCUGCACAAGCUGGAGUUUAAGAAGUGAUGGCCGUGCAGAGGAGGGACGGGGGGGCGGGGCUGGGUGGGGCUGGCUGCCGCUCGGCACCAAGGGCUCGUGACGCAGACUGAACCGUUCGACGCUCGUGCGCAACAAGUUGGGUUGGGGGGGGGGGGCAUCCGGACACGCAGACCCGGUUUCGUUUUUGGUUUUAGACGCACGCACUUCCCCCUCCCCCGUCCCACCACCUAUCCUCUGUCCUCCGCCGUGGAACGCUGCAGCCGGCGUGAAGUCGACCAGAGAUGGGGAGAGCCACGCGCCGCUUGGGAGCCAAGCUGCGGCAGUGGUGGUACCGGUGGCCACUGUGACGGGACCCCCCUCCCCCCCCCCCCCUUGAGCACUCCUAUGUGUCCGCUCGCGAGGCCGGUGCCCCCCCAGCCCCUUCUCCCCCUGCCGCCGCAGUCACUUGGCGCAAAACGGUGCUCACACAAACCGUUGACACGCACACACGCGCACAUACGCAUGCACACACACGCACGCGCUUGCCUGACACCCCUGCCCCCCCAAUCCCGACUCGCAGGGGGAAAAGCAAUAAAGGGACGUUCAAGCGCACGUGCGACCGGACGUUGGGUGAAAGUUUGAAAGUGAUCGUUUGCUGAAUACGUUCUUGCGUCCUUUUCCAGUAAACGUGGAACCCUGGACCAACAUUGGUCCAACGUUAGUCCAGCGUUGGCCCAACGUUGGCAUGUUUACCGGGUUUGCACACAUCCGUUUCAGCCCCCACAGCGAGCAGACGCCGAGCGUCCUUUGCCAAACCCGAGCUCCUACGUCGUAAUUCUAGAGUGUUGUCGUGGAGGAGUAACACUUUUGUUUGAUUUAAGCGAUUCUUAACGCGUACAACGUAAUUUAUAUUUUGUAAUCUCGUGAUAAGAUUUGACCGAAGGGGGGUUGUUGUUGCUGCGUACUUGCCGUUGUUGGACUGGAAGUGUACGCACGCUCUCCUCUGUAGGCGGUGCUGCACUGUGGCUGAUGAUGUUUUAUAGCUGCACUGGUGUCGCCAGUCUCGCCGCGGGAGGGCGGCGGUGGUUGGAAUCGCUCGGUCUUUGCUGUUGCGGCUCCGCUUUAGAAUAUUCCCACUUGCACAUCGAGAAGGAAUGCGUUUUGCUAACCGAUUAAAACUACGAACCAAUCGUCCCAUUCCGGAGUGAGGUUAAACACUCCGUCCAGCCGUUACAGCUGCCGAGCGGACACUUGCGUGAGCAUACCGUGAGCAGUGCCGUGGUGGUGGUGGCGGUGGGAGUGGUUCACUCGCUCUCGCCAAGCGGUGAAGGCCUUUGGCGGAGGCCAUUGGUGGACACAGAGGGUCGCGCUCCCCUUGCGGGCGCACGUUCUAUGGUCGCAGCGGGAAUUUGUUGUAUCUGAAAACGUGAUUUUUCGAGAAAAACCUUUGCCGCUACAAACACGAUGUUACUUCGCACCGUCUCUCUAAUUCUUGACGAUAGACUUUUGUUUCGUUUGGGGUGCAUAUUGAGCCACCCCUUACCCCCUCCUCUCUUGUAUUACUACCACACGACCGACACUGCACGCAAAGCUUGAUUCGCCUUUUAAUGCCAAAAGGAACUCUUCCGUUGGGACGCAGUGCCGCGCGUGUUACACGAGCCGCGCCGAUCGCUGUUUCUCAACCGCAUACACUCGGAUGUGGAAAUCAUCGGCAUAGCCCCUGCGACGACCCAACGAAGUGGCUAUUACAGAACUACUUCCUGAGGUCCUUCAAAUUGACCACUGGUGGACGGAGGAGUAGCGGACGGCGCUUUGCUGCGCGUGUGGGAGCGAUGUACGCGUGACUGGUCGAACUGAUGUUUGCAAUUCUCAGAAGUGGAAUUUACACGAAUUCAGUGCAUAGUGAAGUUACAUAUAAAUAUUUGACAUUUGUAUCUUGGGAGUUUCUUGGAAGAUGAUGUCAUGGUUGUGACCUGAAUGGGAGCCGCUGUGCCCGGUGCUGCGUCUACCCAGACCGGACCACUCAAGAUUUGGGGGGUGGGGGGUUUGGAAGUGUAACUCUUUUGUUUACCAUCUGUUGAGUGAAACUGGUGUCUGAUGAGCGACAGGACCUAUGUUUCACUGCUGUAUGUUUUGGAUGUUUUAUUUGUUGAAUAUUUUAUAGAAAACCGUUAAUAAAUAAAGGACUUUCAUUCGUACUGA